AGUCAGAUUGGAAUUGUUUUUUCGUUUAUUGAACUACAAAUGUUUGUCUUGCUAACCGUACAGAAGAAAACAUCAGAAACGAAAAUAAACAAAAAAAUUUCAUUUUGCUUUUAACAUCGCGCAUCUCCCAAGUUAAAAAGCAAACCUAGCUUGCUCGGAGGAUCAGCGUGGCACGUUAACAAUUUCGUGUUGCAUAUACACGAAGACAUUUAUAGACGCACGAAUAUUGUAUAUAUUGUAGAGUUGUACACAUGUCUAUAUAUUAGGCUAAUUUUUUGUUGCUUAGAAUAAGAAAUCUAAGCUUAUUUUAAAAUCAUAUUUUUACUUCUCUUUUAACGCAGUAAAAUGUCGGUAAGCAACUUAUAUUAGCUGACGCAGAAGAUACUAAUAUAGAUCUUGUUUCCCAACUUUAAACUCUAAACUGUUUUGUUCUACUAGAAAUGACUUAAACCCCUUCCUCAGGUUUUCGUACCACAAUAAAACUUGUUUUAAUGAAGCCAGUUUUAACAAAGCAACUUGCGGAAGGAAUAGUGGAAACAUUCGCCACGUUUGGAGAAGCUUCCACCCACUGACUUGAGGACGUUAAAUCUUUUUUCAACAAUAUCCCCUAAAAUGUCAUGUUUUGUGUAAAUUUUAUUUGUAUUGCGGGAAUUACGAAGAUUGUAUGUUUCAAUAUUCUUGUUUAAAAAUGGAAAAAUUUACAAAAAUUUACACCUUUUAAUGCACAUAAUGUAAAUUACACCUAAUUAACCCUUUGAGAAGGUAUGAUGUAUCCCAAGAGAAAAAAUACCAUGUUUAUUUUCAAAGUUUCAAAGCAAUAUUUAUUUAGCAUUGUGUUAGCACGUUAUAUGCACAUACACCGUCACAUACAUAUUAUUCUAGACGCCAUUGUGCAAGCGACGCUACAGAACAGUUUUUUGACGUCAUUAAAUGGUGAUCCAAGUAAUCUACAAAAACAGUACGCACAGAGUUGGACACAAUACCGCAAUGCUGACAAUAACCAACUUGAAUACGCGAAAGGAUUUGACAACAGGGAAAAUUUUGAACAAGUUCUAACAGGGUACAGUAAAGAAAUUGCUGGACCCUCUCUCGCAACAAUGCUUUUACCAGCACACGAUACUCGCCAUGCGACAAAAACCAGUACACCACAAUUCUCGCAACAGAACACUCACUAUGGACUAAACACCCCUCCCGCAGUUGCCCCUGAGAGUACUGAACAAGCUCUACAAAAAGACGCAUACCAAACAACAGAAACGGUUAUUCCCAUACCACCUGAAGCACUCCAAGGGAAACAAGAUGGUGAAGAAAGUAACUGGAAAACUAUAAACUACACAACCUUUAUCACGCCACCUGCUUAUCAAGCAGUCCAACAACAAGAUCCAGUACCAUCUUAUCAAUACAUUGCACAACAGAACACUCAAGCGGCUCCAGUGGUGCAACCGAGUACUUAUCCUGUUCCAGUAGCGAAACAGAAUACACCACAAACAGUGGAGGUGUCCACUCCACCGCCUGUUGUUAAUAGCUACAUUUCCGAAGUACCUUCACAAAGUCGUCCACAAGUAUAUGUGUCAACAAAAGGUCAGACAGACAUAGCACAGACAGAGCGCUACCCUAACUCUUAUCCGGAACCAAAAAACUUUGGUUACAACUUUCUUAUGGCGAAGAAAAAAGCGGAAUUACUGAAGCAGCAAAACUUGAAAACUACGAAGGCUCCGUAUGUACGAUAUCCGAAACAUGAUGCACUGACGUACAAAAAUGGUACAAAAAUUAACCUUCCAGGUAUCAACUGGCCAAAACAACCGAUGAAAAUAAAAUUCAGUUACGAACCGAAAGAACAAGGAAAAUACCUCAUGAAGGUAAGCGGACCGUAUGGUCGGAAUGGUCAUCCCAUAACAGUUGAACCACCACAACAAUCUAGUCAAAAGGAUAAACUUAAUAACGCUUAUGAAGAUUUGUCACCUGCUGAUAGAAUCAAACUACUAAAACAAAAUUAUCGAGAGCUUAAAAUGGAAGAAGAAAGGAAGGCGUAUCAAGCGAAAAUGCAAUCCCUUCAACAUCCUCAGGUGAAACACGAUGUCAAGCAAGCACCGUUGCGUUUCGCUAUGCCGAAGAUGGACGACAAAUCCAUAAUGUUGACGACUCUACCCGGCACUAAUUCGGAAGCGAAUUCAAAAUUGAAAACUUUGUCUAUAAGACUUCCAAUAAAUGUUUCACUAGCAACCGUGCUUAAAAAUAUUUACGAACACAUGUAUGAGUAUUAUUUCCACAAGCGACCGUUACUCGAUUCCAGGAAGGAAGAUAUGGCUGCUAAAAGAGUCAUAGCGGGUCUAAUAUCAAGAGACAUGGAGAAUAUCUCAAGAAUUGUAAAGACAGACAAGUCCUCUGCUGAUGACACUGACAAAACAUGGGCGUUGCAGAAAGCGCCCAGUCAAGCAGAUGCCUUAUAUAAUCUUCGCACAACGCAGCAAAAUUAUAACAGUGUCACACAUGCGGAAAAUGAAGCGUAUAGUGUAAACGAAGGCUUGGUACCUCAACAUCCAACGUAUAGUCCAGCGUCGUUUAUACAGCCGAACACCAUUAUAACACCAGCCAAAGUAGCGCCUGAUCAAGUUUUUAGUUUCAUGAACAUGAAUCCACGUCGAUUAAAGUCAUGGUAUUACAAGAAAUUAUACAGAGAUCGAAUGAAUGCGUUAAAUGAGGAAAACGAAAAUUAUGCGUUCCGAAGAACACAACCUAUUGGUAAUCCAGGUUGGACAAGAAAUCGAAAAUUUAAUCAAUUAAAAAACGGAUAUUUUACAACCGUCACGCCGAAUAGAUUUCUAUCAAACAAGCAAAGAUAUUGGGCUGGUUUUCCGACAAGUACCAACAUGGGGCGUUGGAAUCAUCUUCAACAAGAUGCAACGCAAGCAGCAUUUAGAGGAACUAUAAACCUUCCACCCGAAUCAGCUAAGACGAACCAACAAGUUUUGCCAACAGUCACCACAACAUACGACCAAAAACCAUUGCCUCAAGUGACACCUGAAAUAGAAAGUUUGGAAAGACAGAUAUACGAUAAAAUUCUGCAAAAGCAUAGGGUUUCUUCUAACAAGAAUACAGCACAAGGAGUUCAGCCUUUAAGUCAGGUGUUAAUCCCACAGCCACAGUUUCAGUUGCCACCACCACCGCCACCUCCGCCAGUAACUUCACAAGUGCCACCACAAGUACCGCAAAAGCAUCAAAUGCCGCAAUACUACACAAGUUCAAAUAUUCCUUCCAUUUUGAGUAAGAAACUACAAGAACCUCAAACAUCCUCACAUGUUCCCGUCGCAUCAACAAACAAAAUCGGAACAAUACAUAGCACUUUCCGAACUAUUCCGAACAAAAUCGGGUCAACACAGAACGGUGUUGAGACAACACAGUUGGCGUCGUUCGCUCAGCAAAAAGACUUAUUCGAUCGACUCACUUCCCGAAAUUUUGAGCAAGCAAGCAAACAGUAUAUUAAUAAAAACAUCGAAGUUGUGGAAGAUACAACAUAUAAACAAGCCCCAUCACAAACAGAUAGCGCCUCGGCUCGAAGCAAAUUACAACACGCGAAUAACACACAAAAGAGAAAUUAUGGCGUGUCGGGCCCACUUGAAUCGUACUUACAAACGUUGGAGUUUUUAAAGAAAGAAAACCGUUUACACGAAGCUAAGGAACUAGCCUCAAGUAUACUUCAAACUCCACUCUCUGUAAUUGCAGAAGAACAUAAGAAACGAAAAUCUGCUGCAGCUUCUACAAGAGGUAUUAAGGGACCUUCUUUGUUUAAAAUAGUCGAAAGUGUAGUCGCUACUAGAAACCAAAGCUUAAGUACACCAAACAAUGACAUCGGACACGCUAUCAGCCAAAACACAGAUAUUCAUAAUAGUAGCCAGAGAGUUCUCUCUGAUACAGCAAUAGUUGGUGCAAAAGCUAUGGAAGCACCUCCUUCGAAUCUGUUUUUAAUCGAUACAACCGGAGUUGCUAAUAACAAGCCCAUGGUGAUUGAAAGCGUGCAAGAAUACAUGCAAAAAGAGGCGAAGAAAAAGAAAAAGACAACUCCAGCGGCAAACGCAAUACCUACUGCAUUUUCUGGCAUAAAAAGAAAGAUUGGCUCGUCUGUGGUGAACUCAUCAAUGGAAAAGCAUUUGCCUUUAAACGCGAACAAAACGGCGUUUGAUACGAGCAGCAUUAAAACGGUUUACAUCGCUCCGCUUAGGCAUCGUACACCCUCUGGUAAAAUCUAUGAACCAGAUCAAAUUCAAACAACCGACUCAUUGAUUAGCUCAAAAAGUCAAAAAGUUGGCCAGACACCCACUUUGACCAUUGACUCGAAAGCAACUGGUUCAUUAACGCCACAGGUUGGUGCGUUACUGGGAAAACACUCCAGUCCAGUUUAUUCCCCAAUGAUGAGCAAAAACAUGAAAGUCAGUCUCUUUAAUGAAUUAAACGGCGUGCCAAACCACCCUAUUGUUUCUACAAGUAACGUUAAAGAUCUUCCACGUAGUGCUUUUGCUAAAGGCAGUAUCUACACCUACAACGAAGAGAUGGAAGAAGCCAGCAAACUUGUAAACAAGUAUCCAGCUAUACAACCGGCAGUUGACGAUACAGAGUGGGAUAAAAAGCACACCAUUGGUUAUGAUACAGAAAUUAUCUCGAAGAAGAAUUUCAUCCCUGAACGAAAGUACUUCAAUAAUGAUCACGUUCUGUUGAUGCGUCAUCAUCAUCUGCGGAGAAGAAUGAAGCUAAUGAAACGUGACGAAGAAAAGCAAGAGCAAACAGCGAGAACGAAAAGGAACGCGAAAGGUAAAGAGCACUUAAAAGGAAAGGUUAAAGCGCUGUUGAAAAAUUAUGAGAAAUCGCAUAGCGUCUCACAAGUGAAGCUAUUUUUGACUGCGCUGCAAAAGAAGUUUAAUAUUACUGGUAAAAACGAAGAGAAGUCUGUUAUAUCUGCACCAACGAAUCAAAGAAAUCAAACUGUUCAAAAAGAUGCAUUGUAUACCAAAGAUCUACCAAUGAAAUCACUGGUUGCUCUACAUAAAAACAAAACUAUUUUUCAUACUGAACACGCAAAAACUGAAAAACAUCAGAAAAGCAGCAAGAAAAAAGAGAAGACGAAAAGAAAACUGCCCCAUCGCAAGAAAACACGCACGAAGAAAGAAAAAAUAAGCGAAACAGAAGCCUCUAAAAAAAGCGAUAUCGAAUUCGAUCAUUUUGAAUUCCAAGUUGUAAAACCAAUCCAAGGCAUAUUUAAUGACGAUGAUAUGGCCAACCACAAUGAAAAAUCAGGUGACGUAAACUUGGGACAGGAAGAAACCUUCACGAAGACGAUGGAAAAAUAUAAGAAGUCUAAAAUUCCUUCGCCUCCUAGAGGGUAAUUUAAGAAAAAUUCCAAGACUAUAACAGGGAUAUUUGGAAGGUCGUACCACAAAGCCAAAUUGUUAAAAAAAAUGUUUGAGGUGUAUAACACAAUGCAAGUAUGAAAUGCAAGUAAAGAAAUGACCAAUCCAUUGUCAGCAUAUGUAUGUACGCAUAAUCUAAUGCAUCAUGGAGGAGACAUCGACCUACCUAAAAAACGUAUUCAAAAUACAAGUCGCCGUUCUGUAAGAUAUAUCUGUUUCCAUGGUUUUAAUGCUACCGUAAGUUUGAAAUUGGCAUGUAAUAAACCAACCCAGACCUGUUUUUUCUCUUGUUAUGAAUAGAUAGAAACAUUUGAACGAAAUUAAUUUUUUUGUGUUUUGUUGAAUCGAAAUAGUUUUAUUUAUUUUUUAUGUUAAAUAUAUUUGUUUAAUUUCAGCAGUCGUGUAUAAUUUAUUUGCUAACAUUAAUUUAUAAAUUUGUUAUUCUAUUAAUUUUCUAGUUUUUUUUUCUUCUUUUAUUUUUAGUUGAAUUAAUAAUACUUUUUAAUAUAUAUUUUUUAAAUUAUAUAUCACAAAAAUAGUUUUUUGAGGCAACCUUAUUUCCAUUGAGUCGUUUGCUCGUUCCGUCUCAUGAUAAUUCAAGUCUGCAGUUCUUGUCUUCAUGGAAGAUUGUUUUUGUAAAAUAUGAUAACAGAAUUAUUUUGUGUGAACAUGAUGAGAAACAGAUUGUGUUGUUUUUAUUAGCCUCACUGGGAGUUGAACAAUAUAUACCUUUGAAUAGGAAAAUCUUUUUUAAAAGAAGCAUGAAAUUUGGCUUCGGGCUAGGGUAUUUUUUCAAUAGAACCAGCCUAAAUUGUUCUAAUUU